GGCGGGAGCGCGCCGGGCAGCCAGGGGUUAAGCCGACGCGCUUGAGGCGCGGAGGGAUCCGGAGGCGAGCGGAGCUCGGUGCUGAGGCCGGCUCAGCGGAAAAAAAAAUGUCCGCCUGAGGAGACCCACAAGUUCUAUCGGGGGGACCGCCAGCCCGCCCGGGGAGCCACGGGCGGCCAAGCCCGAGAGCCGCCCGAGCCGCGCGGACCCAAGCGCUCGCGCGGGCCCGAGGCCACCGAGCCCGCCGGCGGCGCGAGGCGUAAGGGAGGGGAAAAAGCCCGAGCCCGCGCUCCCGGCCAAAGUGAACUUUAAUCGGGGAGGUUGGAUGCAGAGAGCCCGGGCGGCAGGACCUGCUAGAAGUGGCUGAAGAUGAAUCCCCAGCAGCAGCGCAUGGCCGCGAUCGGGACCGACAAGGAGCUGAGCGACCUGCUGGACUUCAGUGCGAUGUUUUCUCCACCUGUUAAUAGUGGGAAAACAAGACCCACGACACUGGGAAGCAGUCAGUUCAGCGGGUCAGGUAUGGAUGAACGUGGAGGAACAACAUCUUGGGGAACAAGUGGUCAACCAAGCCCUUCCUAUGAUUCAUCUAGAGGUUUCACAGACAGCCCUCAUUACAGUGACCACUUGAAUGACAGUCGAUUAGGAGCCCAUGAAGGCUUGUCCCCAACACCUUUCAUGAAUUCAAACCUGAUAGGAAAAACAUCAGAAAGAGGCUCAUUUUCCCUAUACAGCAGAGAUUCCGGACUAUCAGGCUGUCAGUCUAGUCUCCUGAGACAAGAUCUAGGAAUUGGGAGCCCAGCACAGCUGUCUUCUUCAGGAAAACCUGGAACACCAUACUACUCAUUCUCUGCCACAAGUUCUAGGAGAAGACCACUCCAUGACUCUGUAGCUCUAGAUAGUCCAGAUCUGAAGACUAGAACACAUCUGGCCACAAGCAUUUCAGAUCCUUUGCAAGCAAAGAAAGUAAGAAAGGUGCCUCCUGGCCUGCCUUCUUCUGUAUAUGCACCAUCCCCAAAUUCUGAUGAUUUUAACCGUGAAUCUCCUAGUUAUCCAUCUCCCAAGCCACCAACCAGUAUGUUCGCUAGCACUUUCUUUAUGCAAGAUGGGACCCACAGUUCUUCUGACCUUUGGAGUUCAUCAAACGGGAUGAGCCAGCCUGGUUUUAGUGGAAUUCUGGGGACCUCAACUUCCCAUGUGUCUCAGUCCAGUAGUUAUGGCAGCCUUCAUUCACAUGACCGCUUGAGUUAUCCUCCACACUCCGUGUCACCUACAGACAUAAACACAAGUCUUCCGCCAAUGUCCAGCUUCCACCGUGGCAGCACCAGCAGCUCACCAUAUGUUGCUGCCUCCCAUACUCCUCCCAUCAAUGGAUCAGAUAGCAUUCUAGGAGCCAGAGGGAAUGCUGCUGGGAGCUCACAGACGGGUGAUGCACUUGGAAAGGCUUUGGCAUCUAUUUAUUCUCCUGACCAUACAAGCAGUAGUUUUCCAUCAAACCCAUCAACACCAGUGGGAUCUCCUUCACCUCUCACAGGUACCGGUCAGUGGCCCAGAGCUGGAGGGCAAGCACCAUCAUCCCCAAGCUAUGAAAACUCGCUUCACUCCCUGAAAAAUCGAGUUGAGCAGCAACUUCACGAGCAUUUGCAAGAUGCAAUGUCCUUCUUAAAGGAUGUCUGUGAGCAGUCUCGAAUGGAGGACCGUUUAGACAGACUGGAUGAUGCUAUCCAUGUGCUGAGGAACCAUGCAGUUGGACCUUCUACCAGUCUGCCUACUAGCCACAGUGAUAUACACAGUUUAUUGGGACCAUCCCAUAAUGCACCAAUUGGAAACCUUAGUUCAAACUAUGGAGGAUCAAGCCUUGUUACAAACAGUCGAUCAGCUUCAAUGGUUGGACCUCACCGAGAAGAUUCAGUCAGUCUCAAUGGUAAUCAUUCAGUCCUGUCUAGUACUGUUGCUGCCUCAAACACAGACCUGAACCAUAAAACACCAGAAAACUACAGAGGUGGCUUGCAAAAUCAAUCUGGAAAUGUUGUUCCAACAGAAAUCAAGACUGAAAACAAAGAAAAAGAUGAGAACCUUCAUGAGCCUCCUUCAUCAGAUGACAUGAAAUCAGAUGAUGAGUCUUCCCAAAAAGACAUCAAGGUCUCGUCUAGAGGUAGAACAAGCAGUACCAAUGAAGAUGAGGAUCUGAAUCCAGAGCAGAAAAUUGAAAGGGAGAAGGAAAGGCGGAUGGCUAACAAUGCCAGAGAGCGCCUGCGAGUGCGGGAUAUUAAUGAGGCAUUCAAGGAACUUGGCCGAAUGUGUCAGCUUCAUUUGAAGAGUGAAAAACCUCAGACAAAACUCCUCAUUCUUCAUCAGGCUGUGGCAGUCAUCCUUAGUCUAGAACAGCAAGUUAGAGAGAGGAACCUCAACCCCAAAGCAGCCUGCCUUAAGAGAAGAGAAGAAGAAAAGGUCUCCGCUGCGUCAGCAGAGCCACCAACCACACUGCCAGGAACCCAUCCUGGGCUUAGUGAAACUACCAACCCUAUGGGUCAUCUGUAAACACCAGCCAGUUCCAGUGUCAUCAGUAGGCUAGAUAGAAGGUGACCUCUCCUCAUAAAGACUUGGACAACUCAGAUUACCUGAAGACACAAACCUGACAGGAAGGAGAAGAAAAACAAAAACACUUGAAACAAGAAACUCAAAUGUAAUCCUAUGAUCAAAGCAACUGGUCAACACUUCCAUCAGAAGUGAGGAUAGGAAGCUCAUCCAAGAAUGUCGGCCCGUGAGGUGUUUGCAGCGUAUCAUUCUGCUGUAAGCAAUGUGUCGCUUCUGCACAAUCAGAGACUGUCUCAUCUCUCCACUCAGCGUGGAAGUUGCCUUGUGCCUAAACUGAAUUGACAAAUGCAUUGUAACUACAAAUUUUAUUUAUUGUUAUGGAACUGUGAGGUCUACAUAUAAAGGGAAAAGUUCAUGUGGGAAGCUGAUGUACACUCAGCUGAUGCCAGCAUUGUUAAAGCUGUUCACAAACCGUGGCAACCAUUGGCCCUUAGCAUUCCCGGCAUACCUGUUAGUGUCUUAAAAGGAAGGGAGUCCUUUGUUGCCCUCUCCGACCUUCGCCAUAUGAAUAGUGUUUUCCAUGAAAUAGGAAAAUAUUACUUGGUAUAGCAGUUCUCUCUUGUUUUUUCACUUGUUUUAUUUUCUCUUGGUGGGUGUGAUACUUGGUCUGAGUCUGCACAGUGUAUGGUCACAGUCCAGAGCCCUCCUUGCAGCCUGUGUCCUUUGUCCGUGUCCUCGCAGUGACAAGCAGACACCAUCUGUGACCAGAGCCUAGCUGAGAUUUUGAAAGGGGAAAUAUUGUCCCCUGGAUUUGCCCCAAAUAAACAUUGCUUUAUUUAUAAUAAUCACUAAGACUUUCCAGGCUUCUAGGUUUCAUAGUAAAGCUAUAAUAGCAAAAAGUGUAACUUACAAGGAAGAGUCUACUUUCUAGAAAUUGCUUUGUUUUCCAAGCAGUAAGUACUACAUAAUAUAGUACUUGUAAAGUGUUAGCUGUAAGUAAGCACAAAAUGCAUUCAAUACAAUACAAAGAUGACUUUUCAGGCCAUGAUCAUGGUGAGUGUAACAAAACCCGGUUAGUCACCUGGACAGGCAGUGUAAUGAAUGCACACAACCACUCUGAGGCUAAUUACCUAUGGAAUCCAAGAGCAAUGGUCACAUGUCCUUAUCCUAGCCUUUACUUCUCUGUCCUUUGGGUGGCUGGUCAGUGGGGGAAGGGCAGGAGGGUGAUUUAAUCACCUGCAAACCACCCGCCUCUGCACCAAGAGCCAGAUUAACGCUGAGCUGUACUGUCAGUCCAUCUUACAUUAUGAAUUAAAGCACCCUCUGUCUCUAAUCCUUCAGAGUUGUAUUUAAGACAUAGUAAUCACUUAACUUCCAUGAAAUCUGUCUUCCACCACAGCAGCCCUGGGAGAGAAAACUAUGCUGAACGCAAUGGUCUUGGUUAAGUAGCUUCUUAGAGCCUGUAUCAGUGGUAGUCUGCACACAGAAGAAAAAUCCCAAGUCGUUCUGUAACUCAGAGGCUCCGGAGAAUUUGAAAGAACAAAAACCAUUACAACAGCACUUCAGAUCCUCCAUCAGGACUAUUUAUAACGAGUCAGUCUUUGGUGAAUUUAGUGGACUUCAUUUGUAAACUUUAAUUUGCAUAUGUUCUCCAGUUCCAUCAGACUCUUAUCUGUGGCCUUGUUCUUCAUUUCAGUGUUAAUCAGCUAAACAGAAGUUGUUGCUUAUGAUGUGUGAGUGGACAUAAGCCACUGCCUGGCCUUCUUCUUCAGAGCUCGUUGUCUUUUUCGCUGUAUUAGACUUUGCAGUAUGCCCAGAAGCUUUCCUUCAUAAAAUAGAAAGAAAAAAACAUUUGGCUUAUUUUUCACUGUAGCUAGUCUUUUAUACAAUAAUCUUGUAAGAAAAUUUCUUGAAUUCUAAAUAUUACUCUUUCUAGAUUUUUGAAAUCAAAAAUUUUCAGUAAAAAGUUUCUUACUUUAUUUUAUUAUAUUAGGUAGUUAAAGAAAAUGUAGGGUUAUUUACCAUAACCUGUUCAUUAAUACCAGAAAUUUACAAUAGCAUUUUAAGAGCAUAGUAGGUUCUAGCGUGCCGUGUAGUCCUAUGGAGUAUUGUGAGCGAUUGAUGGAGAUGAGCUGCCUUUCAUCUUGUUCUCCAGUUUCCAUUGUUGGUUUACUGCAGCUUUGUAUCCUGUGUCAAAUUCAAGGUAUUAUUGAUGAACCUUUUCAACCAGCAGCAAGAAGUUCAAAUUUUUUUUCUGUCACUGUAACAGAAAACACAGUAUGUAUAUAACAUUUAUGUAGCAAUAAAUGUGCCAUCCUUUUUUUAACAUA